AUGGCCGCCGCAACGUCGCUACCAGCGCUCCUCGACUCCCUCACCCAGUCGCUGGACUCAGCCGCUGAAGCGACACCCAAGCUUGCCGGCGUCGAGCCACAGCAGGACGGCGUCUCGCUGCUGGACGUCAAAAACGAGCUGCUCUUGUCCUACCUGCAGAACCUGGCCUUCCUCAUCCUCCUCAAGAUCCGCAACGCCAAGACCUCGGACAAUGACCCCGUCGACUCCGACCUGUCCAGCACCGUCGUCGAGAAGCUGGUCGAACUGAGGCUGUACCUGGAAAAGGGUGUCCGUCCCCUCGAGGACAAGCUGCGCUUCCAGCUCGACAAGAUCCUGCGCACUGCCGACGAUGCCGAACGCAGCGCCCAGAUGCAACAGGCCAACGGCGGGCCUGUCGCCGCCCACCACGGGGCAGGCUCCGACUCAGGAUCCGACGCCGAGUCCGACGACGACGACACCGCCGCUGCCGAAUCUAUGGUCAAGCCCAGAGACCCCUCCAGUAGACAGGCCGGCCCCGGAUUCAAGUUCCUCCAAGGACCAGAGGCCAUCGGCAUGGCAGCCGCGGCCAAGGACAAGACGGGCGUCUACCGACCUCCCCGGUUUGCCGCCACUGUUAUGCCCACGACGGAGCGCCGCGAGCCCCGCGAUCGCCGGCCCAUGAAGUCUGCCACCAUGGAUGAGUAUAUCUCCAAUGAGCUCUCGGCCGCGCCCAUCGCCGAGCCCAGCGUUGGCACCACCAUUGUCGCCGGUGGCCGCAAGGUCAAGACGGCCGGCGAGCGCGCCGAAGAGGACCAACGCCGCAACUACGAAGAGACCAACUUUGUGCGCCUGCCCAAGGAGAGCAAGAAGGACCGGGCCAAGCGCAACAAGAUCGAGGGAAGGACUGCCAAGAUGCAGUUCGGCGGCGAGGACUGGCGUGACCUGGGCGAGGGGGCCGAUCGCAUCGAGAGGUUGACCAAGCGCAGGGAUGGUGCAAGCGGCGGCACCAAGGCGCUGCUAGAGAAGAGCCGCAAGCGAGGUCGCGACACAGCCGACAGCGCCAGGGGCAGUGGUUUCAACAGCGGCACGAGGGAGAUUGGCGACAGGUUCCAGAAGCGUCUCAAGGUCAUGGAAGGCGGCAGGAGAGACCGGGGCAAGCGGUAA